AUGGCAGCUUGGCUGGAUGAAUUACUUGCGGAAACUGAGGGUGAAGGUGUUGCCGUUCCCACAGGUAGGGCCGUCAAUGGGGCCUCUGUGAUCUGGCUGGUACUGAAUGGAGAGGAGGGAUUCGGGACUUGGGUUGUUGACGAAGAGAGAGAGGUAGAAGAAGUAGAAGUUGACGUUGAUGAAGGAGUGGUAGUGGUUGUAGUUGUCGUCGAUUGGCUUCGUGGGAUUGGGAUUCCAGAAGGAAGCGAAAAGCGCUGUGCCCCCGUAUCGCAGCAACCCUUUUUAGGCGGAUUGUCUGCAUCAGGACGAUUGGUGUCGCAGCAAUACUCUCCCGGGGAGCAUUCUAAGAUUGCCUCGUCCCCAGCGGCCGUGUUGUCUGGAGGUCUAUCAGUCCGAUUUCAAGAAACAUAUUGGUCGCUCAUGGAUGGAUUACCGUAUAGCGGCCCAAGUAAUUCUCGUUCUCCAGGUAACACAGGCCAUUGGAGAGACACUGCCAUCCUUGAGGGCAGCAGGGACUGUCAGCUUCGAGAGAGCAAGGAAAAUCGGUCGAAGUUGAAGCAUUUCCGUUUGGAUAGUAGCACGUCUGGCCCUGGACAGAGAAAACAAGAGAGCAAAGGGAAAGAACGAGGGCGACACGGCGGGCGGGAAGCGAGGGGAAGGCAAAGCAUCAGAAGAGCACAGAAAGGAAGAAAUCCGAGAGUAAAGUUCUGGCCCCAUGGUGCCGGACGAGUUACAUAUGGCCCGGCUCCAUCUGUACGGAGUACGCCCCCGUCUUAUCCUGUUCAGGUCAAGCAACAGCAUCGCAAUUGCGCUAAAGAUCCUCUAGACACCUUAGGUACCCAGGUAGGCAAGAUUAUGGGAUGGUGA